AUGUUAGGCUUCCGUCCGCCGGCUUUGGGAAAGCGGAAAGCCCAGGCAUAUAACCAGGCCCCGCCGGCCUACGACCGCGAUAUAGAAGAUGGCCACUACGAUGAGAAGGCAUACGGCAGUGAUGAUGAUGAUGACGAAUAUGUCUCCUCGGUGGCAUCGAGUGCCCACUCCUCGCGGCAGUCAUCGGGCGCCUAUGACGCCAACCCAAAUAAUAUCGAAUCACGACCACUCGUACCUAACGGGACACCCUCGAGAACACCACAUCGAAGGGCAAUAUCAAGACCAAAAGUGAGCGCAUACAGUUACAGAAAUCCACGAGCAUGCACGAGAUAUUUUGGCCUGGCGUUAGCAAGCACUUUGCUCUUUUUCAUCUGGUUCCUCUUCAACAGCAGCUGGGAUUCGAUAAGAAGUGCCGAGCUGGGCUUACACAAGAUGCCGCCUCCACCUCCCGUGUGGGAAAGCUUUCCCUUCCUAAAAAGAUACCAUGGCGGCAUACGGACGCUGGUGAGUCGGGAGAAAAACAAGCCAGAGUACCCGACAAAAGAAGACAUUGAUCCGGAACUUCCUGCGGAAGAGGUCAAAGACAUACCCAAGGAAAGACGGUCUGGGACACAAGGUGCACAUAUUGCAGACUCCAUGGCGUUCAACCCCUACCCAAACUAUGCCAGCCCCAACUAUGUGGAUCAGUACGGUCCUGUCGAGACGUGCUACCUUGAUGAAAAAGAGACGAUAAAGCUGCCUGAACUUCGAGCAUACCAGGGUGUCCCGGAUGGCAUGCCAGAUAACGUCAUGGGAAGCUACGAACUGCUUGGUCUAAGGAACGACGUGUGCUUCGAGCGCUUCGGGAAGUUAGGACCUUAUGGCUUGGGCUACAGCAAGAGGCGAGGUGGAACUGGUGCAGGCAUGGAAGGGGACAGGGAGGGCAUUGAGAGUGUCUGGAGUACCACACCUGAAGUCGACUUCCGCAAGGUCAAAUGGGCUGAUGUCUCGGACCGCUGUGUGAAGAAGAAUGCAGAGCGCUUCAAAGCGUUGCCAAGAUCAACAAAGGAUACUUUCCAGAAUUUCAAGCGAGAUGUCGGGCUACCAGAUAACAGAGACGACAUUCCAUCUAAUCCCGAUGCUCCCAAAGAUGCUGCCAAGUCCACAGUCAAGGAGCAACCCAAAAAGGCCUAUAAGAAGCUUCUUCCUCGAUCGGCAGUCAUCAUCCGGACAUGGUGGGACUACGAAUACGAUGACGAGGAUAUCAUGUACCUCCGUUCGCUUAUAGCCGAGUUGAGCAUUGCAUCGGGUGGCGAGUACCAAGUGCAUUUCCUCAUUCACGUCAAAGACGACAACAAGCAAAUCUGGGCCGACGAGGAAGUCUAUCAAGAGGUCCUCAAGAAUGCGCUUCCCGAAGAGUUUGCUGGGAUGGGAACUUUGUGGUCAGAACGCCAGAUGGGACUCAUCUACGGCGGCCUCGAAGAAUCCAACUUCCGUGGUCUCCCUGUGCAUGGUGCUUACAGGAGCACAUUUAUGCCUGUCACUUACUUCGCACACCAACAUCCAGAGUACGACUUCUUUUGGCAUUGGGAGAUGGACGUCCGGUACACAGGUCACUACUACCACCUAUUCGAGCAGGUCUCCAAAUGGUCUGACGCCCAGCCUCGCAAGGGACUGUGGGAACGCAACGCACGUUUCUACGUCCCCUCCGUCCACGGCUCAUGGGACGAUUUCAAGCACAUGGUCCGCGUGCAAACUGAGCACGGUACCAACAAUCAAGCCAACCGCUGGUCAUCACACCUCCCGCCCAACCCCCACGUCCCCGAGACCAAAGUCCUCAAGCCCGAGUCCCCAAUCUGGGGUCCUUUGCUUCCACAAGACUUCCCUGACAUCGAGCUUGACCCCGCUGUAAAACCCAACGUCAGCAUAACAGAGGACACCUACGAAUGGGGCGUCUCCGAACCCGCCGACCUCAUCGUCUUCAAUCCGCUUUUCGACCCGGACCAAACCAAUUGGAUCCUCGCCGAAGACGUAACCGGCUAUGACCGCAAGAACGGCCUCCCCCCACGACGCACCGCCAUCAACACCUCUGGCCGCCUCAGCCGCCGCCUCCUAGAAACCAUGCACCGUGAACAAAGCAAAUUCCGACACACCAUGUUCAGCGAAAUGUGGCCCGCCUCGUGCGCCCUACACCACGGUCUCAAAGCAGUCUACGCGCCCCACCCCGUCUUUAUCGACCGGAAAUGGCCGACCCAAUAUCUGGCCGCAAUUUUCAACAAUGGGCGCAAUGGCGCCAGUGGAGGCGCGCGGCUGAGUGUCUUUAGCGAUGAGCGUCAACACAAUUUCUUGGGCACCACGUGGUAUUACCACGCCGGGUUUGCGCCGAAUCUGUGGAAGAGGUGGUUGGGGUAUAAGGUGGAUAAUGAUGGCGGGGAGGAGGAUGAGGUGCUGGGUGAAGGGCGUAUGUGUUUGCCGGCUGUGUUGUUGCAUCCGGUUAAGCAGGUUGAUUUGGUGCAGGAGAGCGGAGACGAGGCGAAAGAGGAAGCGAAGGGGGAGUAG